AUGUUGCAUUGAAAAAUCGUGUCGAUUUGGCAAAAAACUCAAUGCCUGAAAAAUAAAGAAUUCAGUGUUUAAAUCAAUUAAAAGAGAAGUGAAAACAUAAACGAUUUUCAAAUAAGUGGUCAAUUUGUAAUAAUUAAAUGUUUUUGUUUGUGCGCAAUCCGUAAUUCGUGUAAAAAACUGAAAAAUAAGUUUUGAAAAAUCAUUACUUCAGCACUCUUAAUAGUUGGAAAGCAGCACACUUUGAAUUCGGUCAAAAAGUUUUCAAAAGAGCAAUAAGAAAAACGAAAAAUUUAUUUUCAAAGGUUUUUGUUCCAUUUAAAAUACUUUAAAACUUAUAUUCAAUACAAUAAGGAUAAAGGAAGUAAGAUUCCAUCAUGACUCAGGCUCUACCGAUUCGUUUUCAAGAGCAUUUACAGCUCACAAAUGUUGGUAUACAAGCAACUUCUAUAUCGUUCAGUAAUUUGACGAUGGAAUCGGAUAAAUUCAUCUGUAUUCGCGAGAAAGUCGGUGAAACGGCGCAGGUUGUCAUCAUCGAUAUGAGCGAUUCAUCGAAUCCAAUUCGUCGUCCGAUAAGUGCCGAUUCAGCCAUCAUGAAUCCAGCUAGUAAAGUCAUCGCACUUAAGGCUCAGAAGACACUUCAAAUCUUCAAUAUCGAAAUGAAAUCAAAGAUGAAAGCUCACACCAUGGCAGAAGACGUCGUUUUCUGGAAAUGGAUUUCUCUCAAUACGCUUUCGUUGGUCACCGAAACGUGCGUCUAUCAUUGGUCGAUGGAAGGAGAUUCACAACCUGUUAAGAUGUUCGAUCGUCAUUCGUCGCUUAAUAAUUGUCAAAUUAUUAAUUAUCGUACGGAUCCAAAGCAGUCUUGGCUGCUUCUUGUCGGCAUCUCUGCUCUGCAAAAUCGAGUUGUUGGUGCAAUGCAACUUUACUCGGUUGAACGUAAAGUGUCGCAAGCAAUUGAGGGUCAUGCAGCUGCCUUCACAACAUUCCAAAUGGAGGGCAAUAAAGAGCCAUCGAUCAUAUUCUCAUUUGCCGUUCGUACACCAACUGGCGGUAAAUUACACAUCAUCGAAGUCGGAACACCACCAACUGACAAUCAACCAUUCACUAAGAAAACUGUCGAUGUCUUCUUUCCACCCGAAGCUAGCAACGAUUUUCCAGUUGCUAUGCAAACAUCCGCUAAAUAUGAUGUCAUCUAUUUAAUCACAAAGUACGGAUAUAUUCAUCUUUAUGACAUUGAGACUGGUACAUGUAUUUACAUGAAUCGCAUCUCUGCUGAGACCAUUUUUGUGACAGCACCACAUGAUGCAAGUGGUGGAAUUAUCGGUGUUAAUCGUAAAGGCCAAGUUCUUUCAGUGACGGUUGAUGAAGAGCAAAUCAUUCCUUACAUCACGACGGUAUUACAAAAUCCAGAUCUUGCUUUACGAAUGGCAGUUAGAAAUAACUUGAGUGGCGCUGAAGAUUUGUUUGUCAGGAAGUUCAAUCAACUGUUUUCAAACGCUCAAUAUGCAGAAGCAGCAAAAGUUGCAGCUGUGGCACCGAAAGGAAUUUUAAGAACACCGCAAACCAUUCAAAAGUUCCAACAAGUUCAGCCGCCACCUGGAAGUACAUCACCACCAUUACUGCAAUAUUUUGGCAUUCUUUUGGAUCAAGGAAAGCUCAACAAAUAUGAGUCACUUGAAUUGUGUCGUCCCGUGUUGCUUCAAGGAAGAAUUCAACUUUGUGAGAAGUGGUUGAAAGAACAAAAACUUGAAUGCAGUGAAGAACUUGGAGAUUUAGUAAAGCCAACCGAUCCAACAUUAGCUUUGUCCAUUUAUUUACGUUCCAAUGUUCCCAACAAAGUUAUUCAAUGUUUCGCCGAAACUGGGCAGUUCCAAAAGAUUGUUUUGUAUGCAAAGAAAGUCAACUACACGCCUGACUAUGUCUUCUUAUUGCGCUCGGUGAUGAGAACAAAUCCUGAACAAGGUGCGGGUUUUGCUGCGAUGCUUGUUGCUGAUGAAGAGCCCUUAGCUGAUAUAAAUCAAAUUGUGGACAUAUUCAUGGAACAAAACAUGGUUCAACAGUGCACAGCUUUCCUGUUGGAUGCUUUGAAACACAAUCGUCCAACUGAAGGUCCAUUACAGACUCGUUUACUUGAAAUGAAUUUGUUGUCAGCACCACAGGUUGCUGAUGCAAUUUUGGGUAAUGCUAUGUUCACUCAUUAUGAUCGAGCGCACAUCGCUCAACUUUGUGAGAAAGCUGGAUUACUUCAACGGGCUUUGGAACAUUACACUGAUUUGUACGACAUUAAACGGGCGGUUGUUCACACUCAUUUAUUGAAUGGUGACUGGCUUGUCGGAUUCUUUGGGACGUUAUCAGUUGAAGACUCUUUGGAAUGUCUCAAAGCGAUGUUGACAGCAAACAUUCGUCAAAACUUGCAAAUUUGCGUUCAAAUUGCUACAAAAUAUCACGAGCAGUUAUCAACGAAGGGACUCAUUGAUUUGUUUGAAUCAUUCAAGAGCUAUGAAGGAUUGUUUUACUUCCUGGGCUCAAUUGUCAACUUCUCGCAAGACUCAGAAGUUCAUUUCAAAUAUAUUCAAGCUGCAUGCAAAACAAAUCAAAUCAAAGAAGUUGAGAGAAUUUGUCGUGAAUCAAAUUGCUAUCAUCCUGAACGUGUUAAGAACUUUUUAAAAGAAGCAAAGUUAAGUGAUCAACUUCCAUUGAUUAUUGUUUGUGAUCGUUUCGAUUUCGUCCACGAUUUGGUCUUGUAUUUAUACCGAAACAGCUUACAAAAGUAUAUUGAGAUUUAUGUUCAAAAAGUGAACCCAUCGCGCUUACCUGUUGUUGUCGGUGGAUUAUUGGACGUUGAUUGUUCCGAAGACAUCAUUAAGAAUUUAAUUCUCGUCGUGAAAGGACAAUUCUCAACAGAUGAACUUGUUGAAGAAGUUGAAAAGAGAAAUCGAUUGAAAUUGUUGUUACCUUGGUUGGAAUCGCAUUCAUCAGUUUUCUCUGAUCAUCGCAAUUUACAGAACUUGUUGAUUUUGACCGCAAUCAAAGCUGAUUGUACACGCGUCAUGGACUACAUAAAUCGUUUGGAUAAUUACGAUGCACCAGAUAUUGCCAACAUCGCUAUCAACAGUCAUUUGUAUGAAGAAGCUUUCGCAAUCUUCAAGAAAUUUGAGGUCAACACAAGUGCCAUUCAGGUAUUGAUUGAACAACUUAACAAUCUGGAACGUGCUUAUGAGUUUGCUGAACGAUGCAAUGAGUCGGCUGUUUGGUCACAAUUGGGACGAGCUCAAUUACAACAAGGCUUGGUGAAAGAAGCAAUUGACAGUUACAUAAAAGCCGAUGAUCCAUCAGCUUACAUUGACGUUGUUGAUGUUGCAAGCAAGAAUGAAUCGUGGGAAGAUUUGGUGAGAUAUUUGCAAAUGGCUCGCAAGAAGGCGCGUGAAAGUUACAUCGAAAGUGAACUGAUCUAUGCUUAUGCACGAACUGGUCGUUUGGCAGAUCUUGAAGAGUUCAUCAGCGGUCCCAAUCAUGCAGACAUUCAGAAAAUUGGCGAUCGUUGUUUCAAUGAUAAAAUGUAUGAAGCUGCCAAAUUACUUUACAACAAUGUCAGUAAUUUUGCUCGUUUGGCCAUCACAUUGGUUCAUUUGAAAGAAUUUCAAGGUGCUGUUGAUGGUGCACGCAAAGCUAACUCAACGAGAACAUGGAAGGAAGUUUGCUUUGCUUGUGUUGAUUCGGAAGAAUUCCGUUUGGCACAAAUGUGUGGCCUUCAUAUUGUCGUUCAUGCUGACGAGCUUGAAGAUUUAAUUAAUUACUAUCAAGAUCGUGGAUACUUCGAGGAACUUAUUGGAUUAUUAGAAGCUGCUCUUGGACUUGAACGUGCCCACAUGGGAAUGUUCACUGAAUUGGCAAUUUUAUAUUCCAAAUAUAAACCAGCGAAGAUGCGUGAACAUCUCGAACUGUUCUGGUCACGUGUCAACAUCCCAAAAGUUUUACGUGCCGCUGAAUCUGCUCACUUGUGGAGUGAACUUGUUUUCCUUUAUGAUAAAUAUGAAGAAUACGACAAUGCAGUUCUUGCUAUGAUGGCACAUCCAACUGAAGCAUGGCGCGAGGGGCACUUUAAAGACAUCAUCACAAAAGUUGCCAACAUUGAGCUUUAUUAUAAAGCGAUUCAAUUUUAUUUGGACUACAAACCAUUACUUUUGAACGACAUGCUUUUGGUUUUGACUCCACGAAUGGAUCACACACGUGCUGUUAACUUUUUCACAAAAACUGGACAUUUACAACUUGUAAAACCUUAUUUGCGUUCAGUUCAGAGCUUAAAUAACAAAGCAAUUAAUGAAGCACUUAAUGGAUUGUUAAUCGACGAAGAAGAUUAUCAAGGUUUAAGAACAUCAAUCGAUGCUUUCGAUAACUUUGACAAUAUUGCCUUGGCACAGAAAUUGGAGAAACAUGAAUUGACUGAAUUCCGUCGUAUUGCUGCUUAUCUCUACAAAGGCAACAACCGUUGGAAGCAAAGUGUGGAAUUGUGCAAAAAAGAUCGCUUAUUUAAGGACGCCAUGGAAUAUGCUGCAGAAUCUCAUCAACAAGAGAUAGCAGAAGAACUUCUUCAAUGGUUCCUCGAACGUGGUGCUAAAGAUUGCUUUGCUGCAUGUCUCUAUACAUGUUACGAUCUUCUGCGACCUGAUGUCAUUCUUGAAUUAGCUUGGAGGCACAACAUUAUGGACUUUGCAAUGCCCUUCUUGAUUAAUGUGAUAAGGGAGUAUACAACAAAAGUGGAUAAACUCGAAGCCGCCAAUGCAGAGCGUGAAAAGGAAGGCGAAAACACUGAACAUAAGCCAAUAAUUCUUCAAGAGCCACAACUUAUGCUUACAGCUGGACCAGCCUAUCAAUAUGCGCCUCAAUAUACAGGAGGAGCUCCAGGUGCUUACGGUGCGCCACCUCCUAAUAUGCCAUACCAAGGUUAUGGUAUGUAAAUUGUUGUUGAUGUCACAGAACUUCUUCUUUUUCCCUCUUUUCCUGAUGUUAAUCGCGUUCAUUCUUAUCAAUUAACAAAAUUUGCACCUUUUCAUUCGUCUAUCUAUGAAACGAUCAAUAGGCGGAAUGUAUUAACAAACGACAUGCUUUAAUGAUGUUUAAGUGUCACCAGUUAAGUAGACAUAAUUAAGCGCUCAUCAACGUCAUCCAUUCAAAAAUCUUCUACCUAGCAUCAACAUUUCAAUACGUAUAUGAAUAAAAACUAAAAUUUUAGUUCUGUAAAUAUUAAGAGAAAGAUAGAAAUGAAAGGGAAAUCUUCAAUAACUGAUAUGAAAAGUCAGAUGAAUUUAGAUAAAAUUGUAGCUAUGAUAACAAUUUUUCAUUUGCAUAAUGUUCAGAACGAAAACAAAAACAAUUUAUAAAGAUUAAAUUUCUUAUAUAAAUGUUCAACGUCAAUGGGACUCCAUUAACAAUUGUUGUGUUGGUUUUAAGCAGUUUGAAGUGUCUUUGUUUUGCUAGUAGUAAACAACUGAGAUCUUAGCUGAAGAUUGUAGCGACGGGCAUCAUAGAAAGUGUGACGAUCAUUAAAAGAAGUACGAUGCAUGUUUAUAAAUGGAUGAAAUGAAGGAAAAGGGAAAAUUUAUUUUUCAGUAUUUAAAAGAAGGAAGAAAAAUGAGAAAUUUCUUUGUGUAGAAAUUUGCAGUUGAUUUUGAGAGAAUAAGUAAGAAGCAACUUCGAAAACGAGAGAAAUAUAACGAAUAAGUUCAUUUAGAGUUACAUACAUUUAAAGUUAUUAACAAGAAUUCUUCUAAAUAUUUCUGAUUAUUGUAAUAGAAUUUUCUCCUUAUUUUCAUCUUUUUUGUUUUGGUAUCGAUUUUUUCUUCACUGAAUUAAACGCAGAAGAAUAAAAUGUGAACGUUUUUCUUUUUUCUCUCUAAAACAAGGAAGAUCAAUAAAAUAACUAUCUACAUGAUAAGACAGAAAAAAAGUUUAAUUAAUUUAGCAUUCCUUUUUUACGUGAAUAUAAAUCGAGGUUUAUUUUUUUGUUGUAAUUAUUAAUUAAUAUUAUUAAACAAUACUUAUAAAGUAGAUUGGAGAAUUAUAAGAAGUUGCCCAUCAGUUGUCUCCGUCAAUAUUCAACUAACAGCACAAUCUCGGCUUUUAUUUUCCGACAAAUGAAAAAUUUCCUCGUUAAAAACAAUUAAAAAAUGAAGUUAAGCAUGAUAAAUUUAGUUUUCUUUCUUUUUGUCUAUUUCUCCUCUUUAUGAUUAAUUAUGAUUAGUUUUCAUGGCAAAACAACUCGUGUGACAAAUAUCACAACAUUCUUAUGGAAAACAAAACUUCUUUUCAUUAAUAAUAUUUACGUUCUGCAUGAAAAUAUUUAGAAAACAUUUAAGAUAUCUGAUGAAGAAAUUUCAAUAUGAGAAAACAAGAAAAAAAUAUAUUAUAAUAAAAUUCCGAUAAAGUGAAAUAAAAAUUAUAUAAUAAACAAAAACUAUAAAA